UCGCAGGACGAAGAAUCAAGUUUUCAAACUGUGUAGUAUGAACUAAAAUUAUUUAAUACUAACUAAAAAUUGCUUGUUCGUACGCAGAUUUAAUUCGAUGUUUUAUUGAAAGUAUUGAAAUGGAAUGGUCUCGCGAGAAAACCAUUCUAUUAGUCGGAUUACUUCAAGUAAAUGCAGCGCUUUGGAAUUAUGAAACUAAGCGCGGGAAACAAAAACGCAAACAAGAGCUUCGUUCGAUUGCAAAUGUAUUUAAAAUAUCAGUUUUCCACAUAACAAAGAAAAUACAGCACUUGAGGACUCAAUAUAACAGAGAAUCAGCUCGAGAGGCCCGUUCUCAAAAUACAAAUGAUACAUACGUAACAAAUUGGUAUGCCUAUGAUUACUUACACUUUUUUAAGGACUCAAAUAAGCCAUACAGACCUGUUCAUUCGGAUAUUUAUACAUCAACUGAUAAUGCAAUAUCACCUGAUGAGACUAAAAAUGAUGCCUUAUCACCUAAAAUGACAAGAACUACAUUGGAUUCCGACUUAGUUAACUCUUCAACAGCAAAGAGAGAUGAAUUUUCAGUAUUUGGUGAAUACAUUGCAAAUGAACUUUAUUCACUCAAAUGUGAAAGAAGCCUAUUACUUGCAAAAAAGAGAAUACAUGAUGUAAUAUUUGACAUUAAAAUGAAUUUGCUAAGUGAAUUUAGUCUGAAACCUAUCAAUGUCUUCACAACAGCCAUUUCUCAAAUAGAGCCAGUGCACAAUGAAAAAUUGUUGUAUACUAUUCCUGUUGUAAAAAAUAAUGAUGCAUUACCAACAUCUCAAGCACCUCCAACAUCGGCGACAAAUGAGAUUAUUAUUAAUGUGGACCUACCACUAUUCAACAUUCAAAGUUGAUGAACAUUAGUAAUGCCAGCCACUUCCCAAUGUAUUUCUUCUACAAUAAACCUGAAGAAUAGGAUAUGAGACAUUAAGUUAUUGUCUUAACGAGAUAUAAUUUGUAGUGAUUUAUGAAUGUGUCCAAAAUUUCUAAGGUAUUCAAAUAACUUGUAUUUAUUUGGAAGAAAAAUUUAAUUCAUG